AUGAUAUCAUUGACUUCCUUGGUAUUCUUCGCAUACAUUGUAUCUCUCUCACUGGACGUGCUGGCGCAGUGUAACCCAGGCUGGUAUCACUUUGCCCAGUCAUGCUACGCCUAUGGGGAAUCCAUGGUGACAUUUGCAGCUGCAGAGGAAAUGUGCAAGUUUUACUCGGCCCAUCUGGCAGAGAUUGACAGUGCUACCGAGAACAACUUUCUCAAGUCGAUCGCCAGAAAUAAAUCAAGUGGCGCCGUGUGGAUCGGUGGGACCGAUGUCUUCAAUGAGGGCACCUGGUUGUGGCUGUCUACCGGACACAGGAUAUUUAACUUCCUGGACUGGGCGCCGGGUCAGCCAGACGACAGUGCAGGAGAGGACUGUCUGGGAUUGUAUGGAGUAUCCAACUACCAAUGGAACGACUUCAUCUGCAGCAAUUUGGGCACUUUUAUCUGUGAAAUAGAGCUCACAACCGUGAAUAAAAAAUGA